AUGGCUACCUCUAAGGGCCUCCCUCGCGACACGUUCGCCAAGCUCUCCCCUCACCCCUUCCUCCUCGCAAACCUCCAGCCUCCCGCGCCCGCCAACGCCGCGAGAAGCAACGGCCGCGCACCCAACGAAGCUCGAAUCCCCAAUGUCAACACCUCCAGCUUGACCCAUGCCAACGGAAGCGCUGUGGUCCGUACGGGCGAUACAACCGUCAUCUGCGGUGUCCGUGCCGAGACACUUCUCGCCUCCGAUAUCCCCAACUUCCGCACCGCCGCGAAUCUCGAUGACGACAACGGCAAGCCCAGCUCAGAGCUGAAGGACUACGACCUGCUCGUCCCCAACAUCGAGCUCGCCACCGGCUGCGCGCCGCAGUUUCUCCCCGGCGUACCUCCCACCACACUCGCUCAGACUCUUAGCACGAGAGUAUACUCGCUGUUGCAUUCCUCCAACCUCGUUGAUCCAGAGAACCUGAGAAUAUGGUACACUCGCCCUACCGAGAAUGCCGGAGCAGAGGACGAUGGAGAUGACAAGAUGGACGAGGACGAAGAGAAGCCCGAGGGCGAAAAGGUUGUCAUGGCGUACUGGGUUCUGUACAUCGACAUUUUCUUCAUCUCCUUCGACGGCAACCCCUUCGACAUUGCCUGGGCCGCUAUCCUGGCCGCCCUCCGCGACACAACAAUCCCCGUCGCACGAUGGGACGCAGACCGCGAGAUGGUCGUCUGCACCCGAGAGAGCCUCAAGCCCCUGACGCUGCACGGCUUUCCCGUCGCGUGCACAGCCGGCGUCUUCACAGGAAAGGAGACGGCGGACCGGCCCGCCGCCGGCAAGUUCUGGACUCUGGUCGACCCGGACAGGUUGGAGGAGAGUCUAUGUGAUGAAGAGGUUACGGCAGUGGUGGAUCGAAGUGAGGGAGAGACGAAGGUAUUGGUGAUAUCAAAGCAUGGUGGAACGGUACUGCAGCCGCAGCUCAUACGGGAGUUUGUGGGCGUUGCGGAGCAGAGAUGGGAGCAGUUUUACAAGGCCAUGGCAUGA